AUGGUGCAGCAGGUCCUUCAGCGCUUCCGCUUCACGUACUCCUCGCCUCAGCCCACUCCUCUGCCUACGGGACACUCGCUCUCAGCUCUGCCUUCGGAUGAGUCCGUAGAGCCGAGUGGCCCGUAUCCAGAGCUUGUGGGUUGCCUCAUGUACCUGAUGACCUGCACACGACCUGACCUUGCAUACCCUCUUAGCAUCCUUGCACGCUAUGUCGCUCCCGGCCGUCACCGGAAGGAGCACAUGGAUGCAGCUAAGAGGGUGUUGCGCUACUUGUGCAGUACGUCGGGCAUGGGGCUAGUGCUUGGAGGGCGAGACCGGCCUGUUCUCACAGGGCACUCAGACGCUUCUUGGGCAGACGACCAGGCUACUCAGCGGUCCUCCAGUUGUGAGGCUGAGAUCUACGCCACAGCCAUGGCUGCCCAGGAGCUACGCUGGCUGACCUACCUGCUGACCGACCUUGGAGAGCGGCCUGGUUCUCCUCCAGUGCUGUACGUCGACAACAAGGCUGCCAUUGCCUUGUGUCAGGAGCACAGACUGGAGCACAGAACGAAGCACAUUGCUCUGCGGUACUUUCUUGCUCGAGAGCUGCAGCAGCGUGGUCAGCUUUGUCUGCGUUACGUGGCCACUGAGGCCAACACUGCUGAUGUGUUCACCAAGGCGCUUCCGCCUGUUGACCAUCAGCGCUUUUGCAUUCUGCUAGGCCUUGUGCCUACUGGACCUCACUUGCUUACUUCUUGA